AUGACUUCCUCGAUUUCGACGAUUGAACAACUCGAUUUGGUAAAGUUACUGGAUUCCUGUGAUUCUUUUCACAAUAAUUUCAUAACUGGGUCAAUUCCGUUUUACUUGGACGGUGCAGUUGUCGGAUAUGUUAUUCCAGAAGUAAUUCAUGAGUUGGCGAAAUUCGAUAGCUUUAUUUACGAUUGGAUCUAUGAGCCUGGGAAAUCUCUACAACUGAACGCUACGAACUUUGAAAAGCGAUCUUCGAUCCUGGAAAAUAUUCUCAAAACAUGGAAACAAUCGAAUCUUUUUGGAGUGGCUGAUCAAUGGCGAGAUGAGCUAUAUAGCGUUUUUGGUCCUAAUGGUGAAGUUGCUAUUGCCGUGGAACGAGGUGGAUAUUGGUUAUUUGGUUUUCUUAGCUAUGGAGUUCAUUGUACUAUUUACAUCCCUCCUACGCCAACAACUCCUAUGCGUCUAUGGGUUCCUAGACGUUCGCCCACAAAGCAAACUUGGCCCGGCUAUCUCGACAACAGCGUUGCAGGAGGGAUUACCCAUGGUGAUUCAAUUAUGGGAACUAUGGCGAAAGAGUGUUUGGAAGAAGCUAAUUUAACUGUCUCGCAUUCCAGCUUACGCUCCAGUGGUAUUGUCUCUUACAUCAAACUUGCCCAACAGAAAUGGUAUCAACCAGAAUUACAAUACGUAUUCGACGUUCCGAUUGACGGGAAUACAAAGUUACAACCGAACGAUGGAGAGGUUGCAGAAUUUCAUCUUUGGACGUUAGAUCAAGUCAUCCAAGAAUUAGCCGCUGGGAAUUUCAAGCCAAACUGUGCCCUUGUGAUCCUUGAUUUCUUUAUCCGACACGGCAUUUUAAGCCCAGAACACCCUCAAUAUUACGAGACAUUUCAGCGAAUACACAGGACCCUCCCUCAUCCAAUUAGCAAGUAUCAGAAAGGAAAAGAACAUGAUGUAUCAGCAGCCAACACAUCUUAUAACGAUCACGCAGAGUCUCAGCACUUUGACCCAUGUGCUACCUGGUCCGAAAACUCUGACAAACGUGACUGCAAAUACAAAUACGCCGUUUUGAUUUUGAAUCGCUCCAUUAGUGUUUCCAAAAGUCGUUUCCGUCAUCUAUGGGCGAAUGCAAGCCUUCGGAUAUGCGCAGACGGUGGAUCAAAUCGGCUGAGAAACUACGAUCCAUCAUUAAAGCCUGACAUGCUUGUGGGAGAUUUUGACUCUUUAACAGAUGAAACGCGUGAGCAUUACAAACAAAUGGGUGUCCAAAUACUCCAUGAUUCCGACCAAUACUCAACAGACUUUAUGAAGGCACAAAAGUUGAUCCAAGAAAACGGAAUAUUUGCCAUCUUCACUUUGUGUAGCAUGGACGGGCGAGUUGAUCAUGCUUUGGGAAACUUUAAUCAUCUGUAUUGGUCGUACGCAAAGUAUAAGCAAACUCAGCUCUUCAUAUUGUCCGAAGCGAACGUGACUUGGCUACUACCAUCAGGAGAAAGCACCAUAGACUGCAGUACAAAUGUAAAUAAGCACUGUGGGAUUCUUCCUGUAGGUAGUCCGGCUUUUGUUUCAGAAACCGACGGCUUAGAAUGGAAUCUCAAAAACCAGGUUUGUAGUUUUGGUGGACUUAUAAGUUCCUGCAAUAUCGUUCGCAAGGCUCAAAUUACUGUACGCACACAAGAUCCCGUCAUAUGGACAAUGGAAGCACUUGAUCCUGCCGAUUAA